AUGGCAGACCAAGUAGACGAACACGCAAACCUUUCCAAUACCCAAAAAAUUGUUUCUUCCCUCAUUGCUGGCGCUUGUGCAGGUGCCCUAGCGAAAACAACCAUUGCACCAUUUGAUCGAGCGAAAAUUAAUUUCCAAGUUAGAGUAGAUAAAUUUAGUUAUCGUCGUUGUUUUAAAUUUCUAAAAGAAUCAUAUCGAAAUGAAGGUUUUAUGAGUUGGUAUCGUGGAAAUUCAGCCAAUUUAGUUCGUGUCAUUCCUUCAGCAGCUAUUAAUUUUACAGCACAUGAACAAUGGAAACGUAUCCUUGGCACUGAUAAACACGAAAAAACUCCUGGUCGACGAUUUAUUUCUGGUUCUUUAGCAGGUGUUACAUCAGCAACGAUUACUUAUCCACUUGAUUUAGCACGUGCGCGUAUGGCAGUGACGAAUAAAACUGUGUAUAGUAAUUUAUUCUCCGUCUUUCUAAGCAUCCUAAAAAAUGAAGGUGUUACAGCUUUAUAUCGAGGUGCACUUUUAUCGUUAGUCGGUGUAUUACCAUAUUCUGGUUGUGUUUUUUUUACUUAUGAAUCGCUCAAACAUAUUCGUAUUGAUUAUCAUUCCCAUCGUCCCAUUAAUAAAGCUGAACGAAUGUUAUUCGGUGCUACUGCUGGUCUUGUUGGUCAAACAGUUUCAUAUCCAUUUGAUGUUAUACGACGUAGAUUACAAACUGCUGCUGUUAUUCGACCAAAUGAAGCAUCUUUAGGUGCUAUUGCAACAGCAAGUAAAAUAAUUCGUGAAGAAGGAAUCACACGUGGUUUAUAUAAAGGUGUAACAAUGAAUUGGCAAUCGUAUCAAAUUUUAAAAAAUUCGAUUUGCUAUCGAUGGCAAUCAUCUUCAUCAUACGAUUCAAGAGAUAAUGAUUUAAUACCACCUACAACAUGUUGUAUGAGUAAUUGUGCUAAUUGUGUAUGGUUUACAUUUGCUGAAGAAAUUGCACAACGUUAUCCUAAUGCAACAAUGGAAGUGAUCGAUGAUGUUUUAAAAAAAUAUAUCGAUGAUAAAAGUUUUCGGGAAUUUUUAGAAUUCGAAAUUAAAAUGCGAUCAAUUGGAAAAAACUAG